AUGUCCCGAUCAGCCGCCGACGCAACGCGGUUCACGGCCACAGGGCCCUACGCCAGCUCCAAAACUGGCGCGUACUCGGCCUCCGACUUCUCCGCACAGAAGUCUAAGAGUGCUUCACCACAACUUGGUCCCAAUGGACAACCCGAGACUCCCAAGGAGAAGGUGGAACGACUGCGUGCCCAGGCUCGGGCUACGAAAAAGGCACAGGCGGCAGGUAGCGGCGCGGAUCGAUGGAUCGAGUUUGGCAGGAAGUUUGCCAACAGAGCGCACAAGGGCUUGGUUUACUCUUUGAUUGCUGCAUCUGGUGUCAGUGCUGCCCUUACAGUCUACACGUUCGUUUCCCUGACGAUGUACAACCGUCGCCAACGUGAAAUUUGGAUCGAAAGAGAACUCGACGCGCUCCGAGCGGCCGAGCUUGCUAUCACCAACGGCACCGCAACCGUCGAGCAGGAGGAACUCGUUAAGAAGGAGAGAAUCGAGGAUAUUCUCAAGCAGAAACGUGAAGAAGAGAAGGCACAGAAGCCCUGGGCCAAGGCAAAGCGAUUCCUCUUCGAGAAGUUCAACACGGAAGAUAGCGGUGCUGCACCCUCACCCGCGGGACAGAACGGAAGUGUCACUGAGGCCCUGCAGGCCAAGCACGCGAUUGAUGCUGCUUCCGCAAAGACCGGCGCUCCUUUGCCCGGUCAAUUGGAUGUUAUGGCUGAGAAUGUGGAGGAGGCUACCAAGGCCAAGACAAAGGGCUGGACUUCCUGGUUGACUGGACGGUAG